AUGGGGAAGGGCUUCUUCAUCAGUAAAGCUGUCGGGGUGGUCCUCAUCAUCGUCGGAGCCGGAGCCCUGGCUACGAUCAUCGCUCUGUCUGUCGUUUAUUCGCAGGAAAAGGCAAAAAAUAAUGAAGUGUCACCAACACAUGCAACAACAACAACAACUUCAACAGGAACAACAGGAACAACAGGAACAACGACCGGUGGACCCACGACACCGCCGUCCAACGAGACCUGGGACAAGUACCGCCUCCCCACCACCCUGAAGCCGGACCACUACAACCUGACCCUGAGGCCUCAUCUGAAGCCCGACCCUACCACCCAGAUCUACCACUUCACAGGAUCCUCCAGUGUGGAGUUUAUAUGUGAGAGUGAGACUGACCUGAUCCUGAUUCACUCCAAUAAACUGAUUUACUACAACCAAACCAACGGUCAGAUGGCGUCGCUCAAGGCCGUCGACCCGGGACACAACGCCCCGUCCAUCAAGUCCACGUUCCUCAAGACAGAAACCCAGUAUCUGGUCAUACAACUGGAUGGGAACCUGAUGGCGGGCCAGAGGUACCAACUCCACACCGAGUUUAUUGGAGAACUGGCCGACGACCUGGGAGGGUUCUACAGAAGUGAAUACAAGGAGAACGGAGAAACCAAGGUCGUUGCUACGACUCAGAUGCAACCGACGGAUGCCAGAAAGGCCUUCCCCUGUUUCGACGAACCCGCCAUGAAAGCAGUUUUCUACAUCACGCUGAUCCACGACAUUAACACGACUGCCCUGUCCAACGGCGAACAAGCCUCCCAAGAAAACAUCGUCAUUGAUGGUGAAACCUUGCUGAAGACAGUUUUUAAACCGACGGAGAGAAUGUCCACGUACCUGUUGGCCUUCAUCGUCAGUGACUUUGGCUACAUACAGAACUCAGUGGACGGAGUUUUGGUUCGGAUCUUUGCAAGGAAAUCUGCUAUUGAUGCAGGACAAGGACAAUACGCCCUGAACAAGACUGGACCCAUCCUUAAGUUCUUUGAGCAGUAUUAUAAUUCCAGCUACCCUCUGCCCAAGUCAGAUCAGAUCGCUCUACCGGACUUUAAUGCCGGAGCCAUGGAGAACUGGGGUCUGAUCACCUACAGAGAAACCGCUUUACUGUACGAUGAAGAGUACUCGUCCAACUCCAACAAGGAGAGGAUCGCCACCAUCAUCGCACAUGAACUGGCUCACAUGUGGUUCGGGAACCUGGUGACCCUGAGGUGGUGGAACGACCUGUGGCUGAAUGAAGGCUUUGCGUCCUACGUUGAAUACCUGGGAGCCGAUAAUGCAGAACCCGAAUGGAAGCUGAAAGACCUGAUUGUCCUGAACGACGUCCACCGGGUGUUCGCCAUCGACGCCCUCACCUCCUCCCACCCCCUGUCCUCCAGAGAAGAAGACAUCCAGAGACCAGAGCAGAUCAGUGAACUGUUCGAUGCCAUUUCAUACAGCAAGGGAGCGUCUGUUCUGAGGAUGUUGUCUGAUUUCCUGACAGAAGAAGUCUUCCAACAUGGACUCCAGACCUACCUGAAAACAUUUCAGUUCCAAAAUGCCGUCUACACAGACUUAUGGCAUCAUCUGCAAAUGGCUGUUGAUUUAACUGAAUCAAAGCUGAACGUCAGUAAAAUCAUGAACACGUGGGUUCUGCAGAUGGGAUACCCGGUGGUGACCAUUAACACAGCCACUGGUGUCGUUUCCCAGAAGCACUUCCUCCUGGAUCCAGACUCUGAAGUUACUGUUAAAUCUGAAUUCAAUUAUGAGUGGAUUGUUCCAAUCAAGUGGAUGAAGACAGGAGCCGUUCAGAAUCAACUGUGGCUGGAGGCCAAAUCAGUCACCAUUGAGGAAAUGAAAGCGUCCGGAGAUGCCUGGGUGUUGGCCAACCACCUGGUGGCCGGUUACUACAGAGUCAACUACGACGAUGGCAACUGGAACAAACUCUUAAACAUUCUCAACACCAAUCGUUUACUCAUCCCAGAGAUCAACAGAGCUCAGCUGAUCGACGACGCCUUCAACCUGGCCAGAGCCAAGAUAGUCCGUACAGAACUGGCCCUGGAAACCACCAAAUACCUGAGAAUGGAGACCGACUUCAUGCCCUGGGAGUCGGCGCUGGACAACCUGGACUUCUUCUACCUGAUGUUUGACCGUAGUGAAGUUUACGGAUACAUGCAGGAUUAUCUGAGGAAUCAGGUCACCCCAUUGUUUAACUAUUAUAAGACCAUAACAGAGAACUGGAGUAAAGUCCCAACAGGACACCUGGACCAGUACAACCAGGUCAAUGCGAUCACCCUGGCCUGUAAGACCGGCCACCCAGAAUGCAUCACUCUGGCCACCACAUGGUUCAAAGACUGGAUGACAACUGAACAAAACAAGAUUCACCCCAACCUGCGCUCCACCGUGUACUGCAAUGCCAUCGCAGCAGGGGGCGCCGACGAGUGGGAGUUCGCCUGGAAAAAGUUUCAGAACGCCACCAUCGCCAUCGAAGCUGAUAAACUACGAUACGCGCUGUCGUGUACAAAACAACCAUGGCUCCUUAACAGGUACCUGGAGUACACACUGGAGCCAAAGCUGGUGCGGAAGCAGGACGCCACCUCCACCAUUGUCUACAUCGCCGGUAACGUGGUGGGUCAACCUCUGGCCUGGGACUUUGUCAGGGCUCGAUGGGAGUAUAUUUUCAACCAAUACGGUGGUGGAUCCUUCUCCUUUUCCAACCUCAUUAACGGAGUCACUAAACGUUUCUCUACUGAGUUUGAGCUUCAACAGUUGGAGCAGUUCAAGAAGGACAAUGCUGACGUGGGCUUCGGUUCUGGGACCCUGGCCUUGGAUCAGUCCAUGGAAAGAACCCGCAGUAACAUUAAAUGGUUGGCGGAGAACCAGGAGAAUGUUCUAACGUGGUUUAAGACGGAGGCGGAACGUUGA